UCGUUCGCGAGUUCCGAAAUCGUGUGACGUUCGGUUCGAACUCCGAUACCGGCGUGUUCGCGCCGCUCUCCUCGAAACGUUUUUCGUUUUCGGAUUCGAUCGGGUGGCUCGAGUUUGCUUGGGGAUCGUUCGCGGAGCCGGAGGAACGAGGUGCCGUUCGCGUGCUCGCUCGCUCGCUCGCUCUCGUCGAAGGCGAUCGAACGAAUGACGGACGAUUGAAGGAAAAGCCGCGUCGAUCAGGGUUUUGUCCGGGGGAUGGUGGUAUCUAUCGGUCGACCCACGCGCAGCCGUGUUUUCGAAAAGAGUUCUUUCGGCUCUGCUUCGCUUGGAGGCUUCUCGCGGAUUGGAUCGGUUUUGCAAGGCACGCAAAAAUGUCAGACAUUGAGUUGGGGUCUCACACUAUUCAAUCCCAUGGAUUCAAGGUGGCAAAAACGCAUAAGCAUGACUGGCUCAUUCUUUUGCUUCUUGUGGUGAUAGAAGCCAUCUUACUUAUGAUAGAACCAUUUCACCGUUUUGUUGGAAGAGACAUGUUGACAGACAUGAAAUAUCCUUUGAAGGGCAAUACUAUGCCCUUUUGGGCUGUCCCAAUUCUUGCCAUAGUGUUUCCGUUCGUUGUCUUUCUUGUUUACUACUUCAACCGCAGAGACGUUUAUGAUUUCCAUCACGCCAUUUUGGGCCUUCUAUUUUCGGUACUUUUGACUGCGGUGAUUACCGAUGCUAUAAAAGAUACUGUUGGACGACCAAGACCAGACUUCUUCUGGCGGUGUUUCCCUGAUGGAAAAGGGGUUUUUGAUCCUGUAACGGAGGAUGUCAUCUGUCAUGGAGAUAAUGCUGUGAUAAAGGAAGGCUACAAAAGCUUCCCCAGUGGGCAUACCUCUUGGUCCUUUGCAGGUCUAAGUUACCUUUCAUGGUAUCUAGCAGGGAAAAUUAGAGCAUUUGACCGUCGGGGCCACAUUGCAAAACUCUGCAUCAUACUUGUCCCUUUGCUUCUUGCGGCCCUUGUCGCUAUUUCUCGUGUCGAUGACUAUUGGCACCAUUGGCAGGAUGUAUUUGCCGGCGCUCUUAUAGGAUCAGUCAUUGCCGCAUUUUGUUACUUGCAGUUCUUCCCUUAUCCAAGUGAUAUGAAUGGUUGGGCGCCUCACACAUUUUUUCAGAUGAUGGAAGAGAGAAAUAGGGCUCCUUCUACAGCUCAAAGGGUUAACUCUUUUCAUCCGCAACAAGCUGAAGUCGAAGCUUCAUUUAUGCGAAGAAAUAAUGACAUGGAAAGUACGGAAUCAAGCUCUCGUGAGUAUGAUACCUCCCCUGUUUUGGAUGGCAUGGAAGCUGGGAGAAAAUACUGAUGUAAGAUAAAAUAUGUCGGAGUAAUGCAUGUUGGCAUUUUUGUAGAUGGAUGUCCGAGUGAAUUCUCUACCCUCUGUUGUAGAUAUCCUUCUUGAAACUAUCUGAGUUGAGGCUUCUUUUCAUACCUUGGGAUGACAUAGCAUGGUGUCACAUUUCCCCUUGAAUGUAUGCACGUUUGUGCGGAUUUCAAGGAAGAAAAGUAGUUUAUUUUGCUUA